AUGGCGACGGAAGGUGAAGACAUUAAAUCACAUUUGUUUAAACUAUUCUCUACCGACCGGGAUCUAAUAUCUAAGAUUGCUGAAGCGCUUUCCAGCACAAUUGUGGACCUCGUUAUUAAAUCCGAGGAAUUUAUAAAUGUUGUGACGGAAAAACUCGUCAAAGACGAAAAUAUAAUCGAAUCCGUUGUAAAUAAAAUCGGCGAGUCAGCCAAGCAAGAAGUCUACGAAAGUCUAUCUUAUGACCAGAAAUGCCUAGAGGAUAAGUACUCUGAACUUAACGCGAAACUUGAAAAAUUGGUGGCCGAUCUUGAAAAAAAUCGGCUCAAACAGAUUGAUGAAUUAGACAGCAUCAACCAAUAUGGCCGCCGAAAUUGCAUACUUAUAGCCUACAUGGCGCUGCUGAAGUUAAGGGGGAAGAUACCUAUCAUAUCGCUGUGA